AUGGAGCAGAUUCAGGACAUCAACAAGUUAGUGGUGGUUGCUCAGUUCUCAGCUGACGUUACCUUAAACACCAUGAAGUUUGCUUCCAGGGCUAUGCCAUUGUCUGUCGUAUCACACCGCCUCCUGUGGCUCCGUGGCUGGCAGGCAGACAACAAGGCGAAGUGGCAACUAGCAACAGCUGCCUACAUGGGGGGUUCUCUCUUAGGGAUUUCCCUUGACGCCAUCCUGGUGGAGGAUAAGAACAAGAAGAAGGCGCUUCCAACAUCGACCAAGAAGGUGGAGCAGAGGUCCACGCCCUAUUAUCGCAGAGAUAUCCACGGAUGCCUGGGUCCUCAGUACGGUGACCCAUGUCUCCACCUGGAAUUCCUUUCCCUUCUCCCCAAUUGUUUCCGGGUGUUCCCCCCAGCCAAGAAUGUUGACAAGUGCCAGCAGAUGCGGCAGGCCAUCCAGCACUUGCUCGACAUUGCAGCCAUAGAGAGAGUCCCUGAGGACCAGGCAGCACCUCCAGCAAAAUCCAUAUCCUCAGUCCAACAAAGUUUACACAUCGGAAUUGCUCCCAGAGUAAUUAAAGUAUAUAGUGAGGAUGAAACCAGCAGAGCUUUUGAAAUACCAAGUGAUAUAACAUCCCGAGAUUUGUGCCAGUUGCUAAUACUAAAGAAUCAUUACGUUGAUGAUCAUAGCUGGACCCUCUUUGAACGCCUCACUUAUUUAGGCCUUGAAAGAAUAGUCGAAGACCAUGAAAUGAUUGUUGAAGUCCAUUCAAAGUGGGGAAUUGAAGAAGACAAUAAAUUUUAUUUCCGGAAAAAUUACGCCAAAUACGAAUUCUUUAAGGCCCCCGAGAUUUUUUUCCCAGAUCAUCUGGUAUCCCUCUCAAAUGAGAGCAAUGGCACAACGAACCACGCACAGAUACUGCAGAUGUUUUUAAGUUCCACUGCAUAUCCUGAAAUUCAUGGUUAUUUGCAUUUUAAAGAGCAAGGGAAGAAAACCUGGAAAAAAAUGUACUUUUUGUUGCGAAGAUCUGGUCUGUAUUUUUCCACUAAGGGAACAUCGAAGGAACCACGACACCUGCAGCUUUUCAGUGAAUUCAGCUGCAGCGACAUAUAUAUGUCUCUGAGAGGCAAAAAGAUAUCUGGAGUGCCAGCCACUUUUGGUUUCUGCUUCAAGCCUUAUAAAGCAGGAGGAACCAGAGACCUGAAAUACCUUUAUGCAGACAGUGAGCAAAGUAGGACCUGUUGGAUGACAGCAAUUCGGUUGCUGAAGGAUUUUUGUAUUACUAUUGUUAUUGGCAAGCUAGUUUUCUUGGUACGGGAUAGUCAAAGCAAUCCCAAAACUUUUGUGUUGUCAUUAAGCCAUGGAUUAAAAAUAAAGCACUUCCAAAUUGUGCCGUUAGAAGAGGAAGGCAAGCUCUUUUACACACUGGAUGAUGGUCACACCAGAUUCUCUGAUCUUAUUCAACUUGUGGAGUUCUACCAACUCAAUAAAGGCAUCCUUCCUUGCAAGUUAAAACAUUAUUGUGCCCGAAUUGCACUUUAGCUAAAACAUCAACAUCUCAUCCUAAGCUCACUUAGAAUAACAAAUCAAGACAGAACAUUACUUUUGAAAAAGCACUUUGUUAUGAGAAUGAAGUUUAAAAAGAAUGUAAAUUUCAGCUUACAAAGAAGAGCUUCUAUUUCUACAGAAAAAAAAAAAAGCCAAAAUGCAGUA